AUGGAUGCCCAUUAUGCAUUCUACAAGAGGUUAGGUUUAAUUAAUGACGAUGUAGAUAUGUCUCAAGUAGUCCGAAUCGUUGCUCAGCGUCUCUUGAAAGGCGAUGAUUCUAGGUCAUAUUCUCACUACCGUCUUCGUCAAACAACGGCGCUAUCUUCCUCAAGAGGAAAAAAGAGAAAGUGCAACAGAUUUGUUUAA